AUGAGCACCAACUGGGCCGCGCUCCGGGAGAAGUUCCGCACAGAGAAGCGUUGUGAAGAGAGCUCCUGCAGAGAUCGGUCAGACACGACGGCCCUCGACGACGACGAGGUGGAGCCCCCGGACCGCGCGGAGAUCGGGAGGGCGGCCUGGAGAUAUCUCCACUCCAUGGCCGCGGAGCACCCUGCCGAGGCCUCGGAAGCGAUCUCCCAACAGGCCCAGGCCUGGCUGGCAGCCUUCGUGCAGAAUUAUCCGUGCUCCCAUUGUGCCACUCACUUCCUGGACGUCUGCGAGGCGAUGCCACCGCAAACCAAGUCUCGCGAAGACUACGCGGUGCCUUUGCCCGAUUUGCCAAUGCACAACAAAGUCAACGAAGCUCUCAUGAACCAGACCAUCCCCUGCGAUCCAAAGCAGCUCAUCGCUGCCGGGCAGCUGGGCCUGACGAUCGACGAGAGAAGCGCGGAAUGA